CGCACGCACGCACAGUGCGCUUUUAUCUGGGAAGUUUCAAAAGGAUCCUCUAUAAACUCGUCAUCUUAAUGUCGGGACUGCUGAAUAUUUCCCCACCGAUGCUAUGGUUACCUUUAUUACGAUCUUACAGGUGAAUCUAGUGAUGUCCAUCUUGCUGUACGUGAUGUUCCUCGCGUACCUCUAUGGCAUCUCCGCCACCACGAUGAACAAGCAGAGGCCCACCCAAGACCCCAUCAACACUCUCAUCAUCAAGCUCUUGCAGGCCGACAUCAGCCGCGGCCGGCAGAGGCAAGACGAGGGGACUCAGGACACACCCUUGCCCUACCCCGCAGGUACCGGCCACCCGCCACGACUCAGCCUGUCCGCUCACCAGCCAAGUAGGGUAAGGGCCGAUGAGCUGCUCCAGCAGCACAAGCGUUACAACUCACCCCGUGUGCUGCUGAGCGAGCGGCCUCCGCUGCAGCCUCCGCCACUCUACCUCAUCGACGACUUCGUGAGCAGCCAGGACGGCAGCAGUGGCAACAAGACACGGCAAAAGCGCUACGCUGAGCACAAGAGCUACCGGGGCGAGUACUCGGUGUGUGACAGCAAGAGCCGCUGGGUAACGGACAAGACCAUGGCAGUGGACAUCCACGGGCGGGAGGUUUCCGUGCUGACAGAGGUUGAAAUGGUGUCGCCGAGCAUGAAGCAGUACUUUUUUGAGACGAGCUGCCAGAAUAGCAAGCCUUUGAAGAGUGGCUGCCGCGGCAUUGAUGACAAGCACUGGAACUCUCAGUGCAAAACCUCACAAACGUAUGUGCGAGCGCUCACCAAAUACAAUAACGUGAUGAACUGGCGCUGGAUACGAAUCAACACCUCAUGUGUCUGCGCACUUUCACGCAAACACCGCAGGACGUAAAAUGAAUGAAAUCCCAUAUUGCGCAACUACUCUACUGUCUUUAUAUUUUACCCUUGGGGGGAUGAGGGGCUGUAAAUAUAUAAAUUAUUAUUUAAGUUAUAUGAAAUGCAUGUAGUCUACACAUGUCUAUAUGAUGUAUAAAUAUAUUCGUGUUAUUUAUUGAAGUUGUUAUCAGAGCAAAAUCUAAAAAGAGAUACACAUAUGAACUUGUGAUAAAAACAUGCAGUUCCAUUAAGCUACAAGAGCAUUACAUGGAGAAAAUAUGUGCCUUGGUCAAGUGUCGUUACACAUAUCAUACCUUUAGAUCUGAACCCUGGGAUCAGCUGCAAUCGAAGUAUAAAUGUAGAAUAAUUUAAUAGAAUAGUAAAUACAAUUAUAGGUAUACUUAUAGGUAUAUAAAUUUAUUCAUUUGUCAGUUACUUUCUCAUUACUGCAGUAUUGCUCAAGAAACAGUCUAUGCUACUGAUACUGUGCUAUCAGUGCUAUCAGUAUCUCCAUCAAGUUGGGGAAAAAAAUCACUGUUGAGAUGCUUUCAUACACACACACACAAACACACACACACACACAAUGCACAUGGGUAUACAGGCCAUACUGCCAUACUGUGCAGCAACAGAAGGUAAUUGACAGAAAACCUUUUAGCACUGGAGAUAUGUUAUUAUUAUAACACAGAAAUUAACUUUACAAUGGCUUAACAAAAGAAAACUUAACAAUGUUAAAUGGACUGGAUGGAGUCUAUUUACAAGGCUGUUGUUAAGGAUUUUUUUUUAAUGCAACAUAUAUAGCCAUGUGUAAAACUCGUCAUCUGGUCAUCACAAUGAUUGGUGCAAUUGCUCCAAUUUCAUCAGUUUAAUAAUUAAUAACUGCUCAACCAAUCACAUCCUCUUUUACUGGUAAUUGGUAUGGUGGGCUCCCCUUGGCCUAGCCAUGUAGUACAGCCAUGCCCUCACUGGGCAUUGGCACUGACUCCAUUUAAUAAAGAUAAUGGCAACUACAUUGCAAAGAGCAAAACCAUGACUGGGACCACAGCAUAGGUUAUGACUGGGACCACAACAUAAAGCACCUGAAUGCUGUUACCCUUGAAUAAAACUCACUAGCCAGUGGAGGAGCAAUGGGUAGCCCUUCUGUCAGGACUGGUCAUGUUCUCAGAGAUCCUGCACUAGUUCCUGGAGGCCAAGCCUCCUGCCCACAGCUCUGGGCCUGCAAUCAUUCCAAUGCAAAAACACUUCUUGUUUAGUAACCCAUGAAUAUUGCCUGUAACUUUGCCCAAUUUCCUAAUGAAAAAAACCCCCAAACAAUCUUUAACUAAGAAGAGUCACAGGCAAACAAAUGGGCAUUAAAAUGUUCCAUUAUUAAUGACACUGUAGUCUUACAAAGGAGUAAAGCUGCCUUAAAAUGAUGCACAUGCAUGCAGAGCUGGGAUAAAGCACAUACCCUGCUCCUUAAGGGUGAUUCCCUCUUGUCAGGCUUAUCUUAGCAGAUAAGCAUUUAGCCUGGGCACACACUGUAAAAAAGUCCUGGCUUAUUUAACCAUUGCAAGUUUGUGUAAGGAGUUCUAUUUUCAACUGGCACAAUCAAGCAGAUUCUAACUAGUCUAAAUUAGGCUUGUUUCAAAGACAUAAUCUAUGAGUUCUCAAAUGCUUUGAGUUCAGGUUGAGUUCAAGGACAUCUUGUUACCAACAAAUCUUACUUCAGAGUGGAAUAUGAUUAUAUCUGGUUGGUUGUAAUGGCUCCCGGUACUUGUCAGAAAGUUUCACUGUACCUUUAUUGGCCCCGAGAUAGUAGGUCCAUCAAAAAGCUCCCACAGCAAGUGGUGAUAGUUAGCUAUUUUUAAGUUUUUAUUUGUUGCAGUGAAGCUAAGGUAGUGGAUUAGCUGACCCCAUAAAAUAUAUGCAGCACCCUUCUUGAAAAUUGCUCAUUUCUAAACAACUUUGUUUAUGGUAGUUAUGUCCAUUUACCACUGACACACAUUGUUAUUACCAUUUACCACUGAUACACAUAAGUUUCCAAUUGAAUACCUGUGUAUCUCUGACUUGCUAGAAAGAAGCAGCUGAUGUCAGAGUGAUAGCUCUGUAUGUAUUCAGGUGAUGCUGAGGUCUCCGUUGUUGAGGUUAUCUUUGGUGAAAAAAGAUAAAUGCAUAGUCAACUAUCAUUCUGAAAAUGACACACCAGUUCCAGCUGUGCAAAUCAGAGACAUAAAUGCCCAUUCCAGUUGAGAGCUUGUUAGCACUUGUAAUAGGCUUUUUUAUUGAACGCCCUUAUGUCAACCAGAUAAUGUGGCAUUGAAAUGAAGACUUAACUCUAUAGGAGACAUUUGACAGCAUAUACAACUGGUGUCUUACAACUCAGGGCUCAGCAGUGUUUAGGUAGCCCAAUCUGAGUAACAUAGAAGACUUACUCCAUUCUGUAACAAUCACAGAAGAAAGUUCUCUGUAAGAAAGUUCUCUCUAUUAUCUAUCUUUAUUACAGUUUCCUCUAACCUCUUCGCCUGGCAGAAGGCAUGGUUUAAAAGAGAUAAAUGCACCUCUAGGUUUCCAUUAAACUACAUCCAUUAAGCCAUUGCCUCCAAGUGUGUGAAAUGAGGAGGAGAUGAGAACAGGAAGCAAUCUAAAUAAAGAUAUGAUAAGGUCAAUACAAUAAUUAAAGAUUGAUACAUCAUAGAGAGAGCUAAGACAUCCCAUGUGCCUCUAAAGUCCAUGUAGUUAUUGUCCAAACUUGUAUCUAAUUAUACAUGGUUAUUAAACAUUAGCAAUCUUGUAAUUUAAUGCCUUUUAGGAUACAUAAUGGUGCAUUUUAAGAUACAGAGGUUGCAUGACAAAGAGAUAUUAACAUAACAUUUGAUGGUUUGAAAUUUAAAAAGUUAUCUAAGACCAUUGCAUCAUGACUGAGCGUCUGUCUGCUUUGAGAGAUGGAUUUGGGCACGGGUUUAGGACAGAGUUUGACACUGUUCAGGAAAAAGAAAUCAGCAGAGCUCUGGAACACCAUGCAGGACACAUCCCUCCUGCACUGCAUUCAGUAUUUUAGUGGGAUACCUACUCCACCGCUGACUGGAGCUAUAGAAGGAAUGUACACACCGUGUGCUCUCCUUUCCCAAGGAAUUCACCUUUGCAUUUAUCACUUUUCCUGAUGUAAGAAUGAUCCUAACACUGAAGAGACCUUGCAGCCCUACAUACCCUUGACAUGCUCGUGUCCAGAUUGGGAUUAGUUCACUAAAACAUUCCCACAUGUUUUGUACUGUGUGUUAAAGACCUUGCUGUUCUUGUGCAUACUGUAUACGAUUCCUGCUGCUUUAAACAAAUCUAACUAUCCUGAUCAUGGAACUGAGGCCUAAGGAGGAGUGCUCUCUGUUGCUGAUGAAUAUUUUCAGCUUUUGAAAAGGAGAUUGUGCCAAAAAAUUGUAUUCAAGGACCAUUUACUUAUUCUAAAUGUCUUUUGCUCUCUGGGUAUAUCAAGACUGAGUUAACUGUGACAAAACAGAUCUCUAUUUUAGUAAGAAAAAUGCUUAUAUAGGAUGUGUCUUGUUUAGUGAAGUAGUUUCUUUUGCUAAGUAUUGCACCCUUACUCGCCUGUUGUCCCUACAUUGUUACAUUUUCCUCUCAGCUUGCGUGUAUGUUGAGAAUUUGUUUUCUGACCAAAUUUUCUCUCUCUGAUACUUGAAGGAGUGUUGUGAGUGAAAAUGCCACUUAAACACAAUGACACCCUCCUCCUUUGACCCCAAGGACUUCUCUGAAUAAACAUGUUUU